ACUGCCAGAUGUGGGUUUCCGCCACAUACACCCCCGUCAUCAGCCUCACUCUGCACCCAAUGUCCACCCGAAGUGCCCGGAAUCUGGCCCUCCCCCCAGGCCGGGGGUGACUCUGAAUUGACCCCGGAGAAACUGAACUCCCGCCGUGUUCAUUCAGCUGCCUCCUCCGCCAGCCCCGCAUUCGCACUCGCCUUCCCGUCCUCUGCCAGCCAGCGAGACGCCAGGUCUGCGCGAAACUCGCAGGCAGAGCGAUUAGCCGCCGCUGCAGGGCACAGAGCAUAGAAACCUCCCGGCUUCCGCUCAUCGCAGAGCAUCGCCGGGGCUCGGUGGGGGAGCGCAGCGUCCUUCAGCUUUCACCCCUGAGCCUCCACCUGGAGAAACUCAACAGCUGCCGCAGUUUGUCCAGUUCCCUCUGGCUGCCUCCUAUAGGCCUCUCCCAACCCCCUGCCCUGUUCCACACUCCCCUCAAUCCUCUGUCCUGUCCCUCUCUGUUCCUCACACCCCAAUCCCAGACCCAUAGCCCUCUGUCCCAUACUCGGAUUGCUUGUCCCAUUCCUCUCAUUCCAGCCCUAUACAAACCUGCUUCAUCCCCCCUCCAUCUCAUAUUCCCAUCCCAAUCCCCUGCCCUGUUACUCCGUUCUUGCUCUAUACACCUCCUGCCCUUUACCUCUCCAUCCCAUAGUCAACCCUACACCAUUCUCCGCCCUGGUCCCAUCUCCCUACUGGCCCGAUGCCACUACCACCACCUGGUCUGUCAUUCUUCCCCCCAGGGCAGGUGGCCCGAGUCUGUGAGGUCCUGCAGGAGAGUGGGGAGUUCGAGCGUCUGGCACGGUUCCUUUGGGCCUUGCCACCUACCCUUGCCCACAGGUGCCACCAGGCCCCUCCAUGGGUGCCGGCCUGCCCUGAGCUGGAGCUGCUAGACCCCCACACCUCAGCCCUGCUGGCACCCUAUUUCAGCCAGGCCUCACCCUGUGGGGCCCCAGGGACCUUGGGGGGCCUGGACCAGUACCCAUCAUGCAGGAGACUAUCAUUCUCAGCCUUCCCCAACAGCAACAUCCAGCACAAGGCCAGCAGCUUCAAGGAGAAGACACGGAACCUGCUGCGGGAAUGGUACCUGCAGGACCCCUACCCCAACCCCUCCCGCAAGCGCCACCUGGCCCAUGCCACUGGCCUUACCCCCACCCAGGUGGGGAACUGGUUCAAGAACCGCCGACAGCGGGACCGUGCUGCCUCAGCCAAGAAAAGACUCCAGAAAGAUUCAUCAUCCCAGCCUCCCGGGGCUGAGAGUCAAGACAUCAUAGGCCUGAGUGACACCCCAUCUGUGCAGGAGCACAGCAGCGCCCUCAGCAGGCAGACGUAUCCUACCUCAACCAUCAGUGACAGCAAGAGCAGCCUAUGAACAGCAGAGACCUGCACCUGGCCAGGGGUGGGCAGUAGUCAUUGAUUUCCCCACCCCCCCACCAUCCCCCUUGGAUGACAUGGAAGGAUGUAACCUGCAGGGGGAUCCAGCUAGAAGCCACAGGACAAGGAUUACCUGUGUAAGCAAAGGCUGAAUGAGCUCUCCUCUGACAUCUAGCAAUGAGCCAAGAUGAAAAGAUUUCAGGAACAGAUUGUAUUUGCAUAAACAUACCUACUCUUUCUAGGUGCACAGCAUGAUGGAGCUGCUUUGCCAAAGCAAUCAGUUUUUGCUGGUGUUGGGUUACAAAUCACUUUAUUGAAUGCAGGGAUAAUGAUAUGUUGUUAUCCUAAUUAUAUGAGUAAAUGGCAGCAGAACUAUACUUAGCCUGCUCUGAUUGAGCGGCUCACCCUAAACUGAAUCUCACUCACUAUGCAGGGAUGCCAAAGCCUAGGGCAGAAAAGAGAGGGUAAGAGUGAGCGUUCAUGUCUGGGGGUGUGGGGUCUCAUUAGGGAGUCCUAGGUAUUAUUUGUAACUGUUCUCUCUAGUGUUUAAAAAUCACUGAUAACUAGAUGCUGAGCGUUAGAGCUGGGGAAUGGUAGUGAGGCACUGAAAGAAACUGCAAAGCCUGCCCUAGAAGUGAGGUUCCUCCCAUCUCUUAAAAUCACUGAGAGCUGUUUUAAGUGGUAGAACCUCAGAAUGUGAUAUUAUAGCAGAGAAAUGGCAGUUGCAGUGGGUAGUCCUGGCCCAGUGAACACUAGCAACAAUGAGCCACUUGCAAUGGUGCACACAAACAGAGGCAGUGCUCAACACUUUUGGGGUGAACUCAUGUGAACACACCUCUGAACUAUGGGUCUUUGCUGAUCGAGGACAGUAACUGUGAAUAGGGUACACUGGGGAGAGUGGUGUGUUUUUACAUUGCAAGAUGAGAAACUGAAGCAAAGAGCAAUGCCCAGUGUACUCUGAGAUGGGUGUUUGCUCAUGGUCAUAUGCUUUUGAAUUGUGGUGUUUUCCCAAAUUAAUGCUGGGUUCCUUUUCCCAUUUUACUAAAAAUUUUCUUUGUUGUACACAGACUCAAUGCCUGCAAGUCUGCCUCUUAGAGAUGCCCAGGGGUGAUGUCUAAUUUUCCCAGAUUACUGGGUGGAGGUGCGACGGGUUGGAUCAUAGACACCAGAGAGGGGAGGGAUAGCUCAGUGGUUUGAGCAUUGGCCUGCU